CGCAGAUGCAGGCAGCAGAGACUGCUUUACUACCCGGUUAGCGGAGGGGACUAACAGACAGACAGAGAACCGGAGUGAGUCUGCAGACACUAUCGGAGUCCAAUCUGCAAACAUAAUGGAAACGAGAAGAAAACCACAGAUUUCUCAGGAAAAUGGAAAAUGAAGUCUUCCCAACAUUUUGAGGAACUUCUGAAAGCUCUGGGUGUGAAUAUGCUUCUGAGGAAGAUUGCAGUGACAGCGGCCUCCAGCCCGGCAGUGGAAAUCACCCAGCAGGAUGACAGUCUGUCCAUCAAGACAUCCACCAGCGUCCGCACCACCCACGUCUCAUUCACCGUGGGUCAGUCCUUCAAUGAGACCACAGUGGAUGGACGUCCCUGCACGAGUCUUCCUACGUGGGAAACAGACAGCAAAAUAAGCUGUGAGCAGACUUUACAGAAAGGCGAUGGGCCCAAGACGUCGUGGACUCGAGAGGUGACCAACGAUGGAGAACUGAUACUGACAAUGACUGCAGGGGAUGUUGUCUGCACCAGAGUUUAUGAGAGGGAAUGAGGAAAUAUUUUCAAGACCGACAUGCAAUACUCCAGUUUUGUGCCUCAUGCAUGGUUUACAUUUACUCAACUUGUUUUCUCCUUCAUUCCCUUAGCCAGUCAUAUGUUGAUCUCAAACAGUGCACUGUGUAGAAAAGGCUUCAGUUUACAUGAAUGUAUGUUGGCACAGUAGUUGCUUUUAUAACCCCUAAAGCUGAACUUUUUCUUUAUGUAUCUUAUAUAAACAUUGCACAUUCCUUUUCUGAAAGCUGUGUCUAAAUCCUUUUCAACAUGUUAAUAAACUGUUUUAUAGAUUCCUUUUCAAA